GUACGUGUGAUAAGGCGUGAUCUUUGAUUUGCGAGUUGUGUCAUAUGACAGAUUGUAUAGUAUUUGUCAUAUAUUUUUAAAAUACCAUCAAUUAACAGCCUUUUUCUGACUCAUUAAAAUAUUAAACACUGAAGCAAGUAAUAUCAAGUACAAGCUUGUUAUAUGGAAACGUCAACUGAGGAGUAAUACGUGUCUAAGCCUCUGUAUUUCGCUUCUUCGCUUGGCAAUUGUUUGACCGUAUCAUCUGCUCCGCUGUAACUGACUAUAUUACAGCGCUGCGAGAUGUCUUUUGCAGAAAAAAUUGGUGCCCUAAUGCAGAGACCAGGUCAAGAUCCUGUAGCUAAAGAUGACAUCCCGUGGUGGAUGAAAUAUGCAGGCCGUGGAUUAGGAACCGUGGGCAGUUUAGUUGCCAUUGGGCUGGGUGUCUGGAACUGUGUUGGCAUUGUAAUUGGUCAAGUUGACUGCCUUAUUGGUGGAAUGUGGCAAAUGUUAGCUGGUUUCCUGGUUAUUGUAGUUGAGGCUCCCUGUUGCUGCAUGUUUCUGGAUUUUGUUCAAAAUAUCAGUGACUGGGUAGAAAAGAGGCCAUAUUGGAAUAGAGGAGCAUUCUAUUGCAUCAUAGCAUUGCCUGCAAUCUUCUUGUGUCCUGGCUUGGGCAGCAUCUUUGGCAGUGGACUAAUAUUCACGACGGGUGUGAUAUAUGGCCUGAUGGCACUAGGGAGAAAGGCAACGGCAGAGGAGAUGCGUAGUAAUGCUGCCCAGCCAGACGGACUUCCAACGGGAACCCAUUCCAACCUUGUUGAUCAUGCUCAGCCAACAGCUGUCAGCGAUCCCCCAAAAUCCUCAUUAGUUGGCGUAGUAUGACGUAUUGGUUCACUAUUACCAAUUCUUUUGCUGUGGAAACUACCUGUGUAAACUGAAAACAUUGGUGACUGCCAUUUAUGUGAUUGUGCUGACUUAGUCAAUUUACAGUGUUAUGCCAUUUUGGUCCCCUCAAUGUACCAAAAAUCAUUUUAGUCAUUUAUGUGCUUUUGCAUUUAUUAGAAUAUUGUUUAUAGCUAAAACUCGGUAGAUCAGUGAUAAAGAAUGAGUAUGUUGCAUUUGUUAAGAUUUAGGCAAAAUCUGGACUAAGAAAUCUUGAUCACAUUGUGUUUUGUUUGUGCUAUUCUUGUAUACACUGUCACUGUGACAAUUUUUGGACUUGUGUGUGUGUGUGUGUGUGUGUGUGUGUGUGUGUGUGUGUG